GCAGCGUUGGGUCAGUUGCACCUUCGGGGUCGCUGGUCGCCGCGGGAGCCGGGUGGGGCCUCGGCGAUGAUCCGGCUUUAAGAACUUGGAGUCACCUUGGGUCUAAGGUGUUUUGCGGGAAGUGUAGAGGCAACCAAAAAGAUCGUAUACUCGAGUAGACCUCUUGCCCUGAACCUCAUGAAGAAAUGAUAGGAGGCAGGCCCCCUGAGCUCAAAGGACGGCAACGCAGAGUUCUGGGAGUGCAUUUUGAGUUCCACCAGAUGCAGGAGUCUGAGCAACUCUCAUUGCUCAGAGUGAUUGAAAUUAAUAACAGAAAGCUUAGAGCGCACCUGCGAAGCUCAUGCUGAAAAGUACCUCAAUGAAAGUAUGUAAUCCUAGCUGGGGAUUUGUACACAUCAAUGGCAGAAUCAUCCAGUGAUUCAGACCACUUCCGCUAUCGUGACGGAUUGAGUCGAUGGACAACCAGGUCAGUUCAAAGGGGAAUCGGAAGUCGGUCUACAGUAGAUGUCACCGCAAAGGUCAACACCAUAACCAAUACUUUACAGGACUCCACUCGGAAUCUGCGACAAGUGGAUCAGAUGCUUGGGCGGUAUCGAGAGUACAGCACUGGACAUGCGGGCGCUGUCGGGCAGUUAAAGGAAGAUUUGGAGCAAUCAAUAAACCAACUGAGGAGUCAGCGCUUACGGAGAAGCUCAGGAGGGAGAAGUGCGUCUGUCACCAGCCUGAGUGCAAGUGACCUCGAUGGUGGCGCUGUGGCAGAGAGUCUCCGUUUUACACCUACCUCACCUCUGAAGGACUACGAUCUACAGGGUAUUAAACGAAACAGGUUCAGAACUGGUGUUCGGUUUGUUUCAGAGACAGACGACAUGGUCCAGCUCCAUACUUUUCAUCAGUCCCUCCGUGACCUCAGCAGUGAACAAGUUCGGCUUGGAGAUGAUUUCAACAGGGAGCUUUUCAGAAGAAGCCGGUCUGAUGCUGAAACAAAAAGGGUUUUAGAAGAAUUGACUGAAAAGCUAAAUGAAGCCCAGAAGCCAGAUCUGGUUUCAGAUCGAGUGGAGCGGCGGCUUCAGGAAAUAGAAAGAGAGAUGCGCUUGGAAAGAGAGCUGGUGGAAAGACGUCAUGAUCAGCUGGGACUCGUGUCCUUGAAGCUCCAGGAGGCACUGAAGAAACAAGAAGCUAAAGCAGACGACAAUGAGGACAUCAUCAAAAACAAGCUGCGACAAACUGAAACCGAGAAGAACCAACUGGAGCAGGAAUUGGUGAUCUCGAGGAGGCUGCUGAGUCAAUCUGAAGGCAGUAGAGAAACGCUUUUGCAUCAGGUGGAAGAGUUGCGUACACAACUUAUCAAAGCAGAAGGUGACCAGAGGGGUUUGCAGCAUCAAGUAUCUUGCAUUUCCAAGCAAACGUCAAGCCACCAGGAUGAUCAAGGAGAUGACCGGAGGUUUAGAAGAGGAGUAGAGCGGGAGAAACAGAAUCUGGAGAAGCAGAUGGCAGAUCUGCGAGUGCAACUGAACUUCAGCUCCAUGGCUUCUGAGUUAGAGGAAGUGAAGCGGUGCAUGGAACGGAAAGACCAGGAGAAAGCAAGUUUGGCAGCACAAAUUGAGAAUCUAACACGUGACUUGGAGAACAGGGAAAAACAACAGCUGCAGAUGUUGGAUCAACUUACAGAGAUCCAGAAUCACUUUGAGACCUGUGAAGCCAAUCGUAAGCGGACUGACCUCCAGAUCACAGAGCUAAGUCAACAUGCAGAGGAUGCGACUAAGCAGGCAGAACACUACCUUAGUGAGUUUCAGAGGUCCGAAGCCCUGCGAGAAGAGGCUGAGAAGAAGAGAGAGGACCUGAAAACAAAGGCCCAGGAAUCUAUCCGGCAGUGGAAGUUGAAGCAUAAGAAGUUGGAACGAUCAAUGGAGAAACAAGCUGAAACCCUUGUCCAGCUGACAGAUAAGAACAGCCAGGUUCUAAAAGAGAGGGAUGAAUUGAAAAGCCAGCUUUGUGCAGCAUUACAGCAGAUAGAGAAUCUCAGGAAGGAACUUAAUGAUGUCUUAAGCAAGCGUGCCCUGCAGGAGGAGGAGCUUCACUGUAAGGAGAAGAAACUCAAUGACAUAGAGUCCCAACGAGCUGAACUCGAACUGGAGGUCAAGAAAUCCCUCGACACCAUCCAUAGACUGGAAAAUGAGUUGAAAAGACAGAGUAAGAUUCAAAGCCAGAUAAAAGCUGAGAAAAUUCACCUGGAGGAUGAAAUUACAGAGCUAAAGAAGAGCCAGUCCCAAGACAAAGUCAAACUUCUUGAGAUGCAAGAGUCCAUCAAGGACUUGAGUGCCAUCCGAGCAGAUCUCGCUAAUAAACUGGCUGAGGAAGAGAGGGCCAAGAAAGCUGUGCUCAGGGACCUUUCUGAACUGACAGGCCAGGUAAAAUCUAAAGAAGAAGAAACUGCCACUGCUAUCACACAGUUAAAGUUGGAACGAGAUGUUCACAAGAGGGAGCUGGAAGACCUUACCUCAUCGUUGGAGAGCGUGAAGACAAAGCAUGAGCAGAAUAUCCAGGAGCUGAUGAAGCACUUUAAGAAGGAGAAGUGUGAGGCAGAGAGCCAUAUCAGGACGCUGAAGGCAGAAAGCUUGGAAGAUAAGAAUAUGGCUAAAGCCCAUCUCGGUCAGCUGGAGAAGCUGAAAUCCCAGUGUGAGAAACUGAUGGAGGAAUUAACCCAGAACGAAAAUGAGAACAAAAAGCUGAAGCUAAAAUACCAGAGUCUGAAGGAGGAACUAGAGGAAAAGGAGAAACAUAUAAGUAAUGAAGAAGAGCACUUAAGGAGGAUGGAGGAGUCGAGGCUGCAGCUCAAGGAUCAGCUUCUUUGUUUGGAGACAGAACAGGAAUCCAUUCUUGGUGUAAUAGGAAAAGAAAUUGAUGAAGCUUGUAAAACUUUCUCCAGAGACUCAAUGGAGAAAUUGAAAGUAUUUACCUCUGGUCCUCAAUUACAUUAUGACCCACAUCGAUGGUUAGCUGAAAGCAAGACCAAACUGCAGUGGCUGUGUGAGGAACUGAAAGAGAGAGAGAGCAGAGAGAAGACCUUGCGGCAGCAGCUGAUGGCCUGUAGACAGGAGCUCAGGGAGCUGACGGAGCACAAGGAGUCUGAGCUCCUGUGUCUGUUUGAGCACAUUGAGAGGCAGGAGCAGCUUCUGGAGGAGUUCCACCAGGAGAAGAGAGGUCUGCUGGAAGAGACUCAAAGGAAAGAUGAAGAAGUGGAAACUCUCCAGGACCGUGUAAAUGCAUUACAAAUGAGUACCCGAGUGGCCUUGGACCAUCUGGAGUCUGUGCCUGAGAAGCUGAGCCUGCUAGAAGAUUUCAAAGACUUCAGAGGUUCCUCCAGUUUAUCUGAGAAAACUGAUGGCAGAUACUCUAAGUACAGUCUUCACGGAGAUUCUUUUCAACAGCGCCGAGAUGACACCAAGCACAGAAUCAAGAGCUUUAGGGACAACAGGCCCUUUUCUGCCGGUUCCCACGCUCAUGGCCUAGAUCACUCCUCCUCUUGGCAGGACCACAGUCGCUUCCUGUCUAGUCCACAGUUUUCACACUUUAACUCCUUGCCAGCAUUUACCAAAAGAACCAUUACCCCAGAUCCAGCUUCAAUCAAGGGAGAUGCCACAAGUUCACCAGCGAAUGGAACAAGUCCACAGUCCAAGAGGGAGGAACAUGAGAGCAAAAAAUACAAAAUGUGAUUAGUAACUUCACUUGAGUAUUUCACAAGUAACAGCCGAUGGCCCUUGCUGCCACUGGGCUCAGAUUAUCUAAAGACAGCAUAUGGCUUCAGCUACUUGGAACUGCCAAGCGUUGACUAGCAUGACGUUAUAGCCAGUCUUUGUGAGUGAGAGUAAAUUUAACCUGUGGAGGUAAUAUCAGCUUAUGAAUGGUAUAUAACUCAUUUAAAGGCAACUCAUACUGGCAGAGAAAGUGAUUGUUUUUACUUUAUAUUUUCCUAUUUCUCAGUGUCACAAUUUUCCAACCCAACCUUGAAUUGAUAAUUGAUGCCUUUCUGAGAUGACUGGCUACCAGGAGGAGAAGGGUUCCCUUCAGGCAAAGGGUUCCAGCAGUUUAGUUCAGGCACAUUUGUACACAGUGGAUUCAUAAGUGCUUUCUCCCUAAUCAAUUAUCAUGUGUUGUAACUUGUCGUGGAGAUAGAUGCCUGUGGAAUAUUAGACUGCCUUUUAAAUGCUCAGUGCCAUUCACCUGUCAUCUCAGCAGUCUCUUACUACAUGAAGUAUCUUCAAACUAUCCCAAUUAUCAAUUUAAUUGCAAAACAAUUUCUACCUGAUAGCUGAAUCAUAGAGCAUCAUAAAGAAUUCAUAACAUCAUUUAUAUAUUUGUCUUCUUGUGUCCAAUUGUCCCACUGUGAUCAUCCUGGUCAUACCCUGGAUGGUCUUUGGUUUGCUCUGACCUCUGAUCCCAGCACUCCUCUCCUGGGUCAGUGGGAUCCACUCUGUAGGAAUCCUUAUAUCCUUUGGUACUACCUGACUGCUUUCCACAUCCCAGCCUUUUCAAUGUCAACGUGCUUUUAAAACCUUACCGCUCUGCCGUGCCCAUCUACCACUGACUACUAAAUAAUGGUCAUCAUCCCGAAACUGAGUCCUACUGGGCCAUGGUGGAAAGACCUGCAGAGAAGCAGGAACAAUAAAGCAAUUCCUUUGUAAGAA